AUGCGAGGCGAGAGCUGCUGGUACUCCCACGGCGAAGCUACGGUGGCUUCCUCUAGCAAGGGCAAAGGCAAAAAAGGAGGCUCCCAGGCGCUGCACAAAGGUGCGCGGGCGCCGCACAAAGGGAAAGGAAAGGAUGCCAAGGGCAAGCAGGGAGUUCUGAAUCCGCUGGUUUUCAUGAGCCUUGGAGGUAGCCAUCCCGAUGAGCUCUAUUCGGAGGCAAAGGCUGCAAAGCAACGUGGGGACACUCCACUCGCCAUCGAACUCCUCUUCACAGCCAUUCAGAUCGAUGCCACGAUGGGUCCUCAGUUUUCAAGCCAGAGCAGCAGCAAACGAGCCAGCAAGGAUCUGGAGAAGUGGGCUUUGACGAAUGAAAGAGCCAUAGGGAAGAGCCUCGCGAUCUUCGAGCGAGUGAAUCGGCGACUGGGCCUGUCGAUGGAGAGCGGGAGCGAAGACUGGGAAGAGGGCUUCAGCGAUGACCUAAUGGACUUCGACUCUGACUGUGAGGAGGAGGUUAUAUUCCUGAGGCCCGAUGGCACGACGGAGUCGAAGAGCGUGGCCUGGUGCUUGGAUAACGACUUCUUUGAAGUGGAGCCGGGGCUCUGGUCGGGGCCCUGGUACGAGAAAGCCAUGCAGCCAGGAGCCACCAGCUCGGCGAGUCGAGGAGGGGAGGAAGAUCCGAGUUUGGAUGCGCUGAGCUUGUACACCCGGGCUGAGCUGAUGGAGGCUCGAGACAAAGCUCGCCAGAUCCAAGUUGGACUGGAGAAAAGUCGCGACGAAGCCAUCUUCACCAAUGACUACAUGAAGAUGGAGUCAGAACUGCAAUUGAUGCAAGCCCGUGAAUAUGCCGCGAAGCGGCACUCACAGAGCCAGAAGAAGUUGCAGCAGCUUCGGCAGGUUGUGGCAAGAGGAGUCGAAGCCUUGAAUACCGGAGACCUCGACGUUCACGAGCAAGUCCUGACUGCUUUGCUUUCUGACUUCAAAGAAGAUGCCGACGCCUUCUUGGUUGCCAAGACGUCGUGCUAUGUGGACUCGGUGGAGCCAGGUAGUCCCAUAGACUACGUCUGUCGCCUGCUCGGCCAGCACGCGCGCCUCACCAAGACCCUUCUGACCGACGUCUUAGACCUGGCAGGUUACUGGUCCGAUGUGCCCUUCUGCCGCACGCUCCUGGUGCGCCAAGGCCUCUUGCAGCUGGUUGGGGAAGUUUUAGAUGCAUGGCCGAUCUCUGAGGAGAAUUCUGCUGGAAUCCGUUUGAAGGCCCUGGAGGCCCUGCCACAGGUGAUCGUCGAUCGAGAUUCCCACACCCAGGCUGUAUCUUCAGAGUGUGUGGCCUUGCUGCGGGGACUCGCCGAUUCUGCAUGUCAAGCCGAGCAGCCGGCACAUCAGUUCUACGCCCUUUCCAUCGCAGCCAACGGUUUAGGAAAUCCAGGAACAGGCGAUCUGGCGCGUGCUCUUGUCAAGCAGGGGCUGCUUGGUCCUGCCAUCCUUCUGGAGCACGCAGGAGGAGAGAUGGAGACAAUCGUCACCUGGGAUCCCGGCGGCAGCACACCGCCGUUUGAUGUGACAACUGUGACAAGCAUGACAAGGGCAGAAGCCGGCACCGGUGAGGACAUCUCCGUGUCAAGUGGCUCUAAGCAGAUCCGCUUGCUUCUUGCACUGAUACCAAACUUGCCGGACCUCAUGCUGAUGAACUUGCAGGAGAUUCUGGAUGUCUGGCCCGAAGCAGAGGACCGUACGGAUCUUCCUCUGUCCCAUGGGGCUGUCGCAGACAUGAACGAGAUGCAGCUCUCCUACCUCCUUGGACGCGAGACGCCCUCGUAUGGUGGUUGCCAAAUCUACACGGAGCUGGAUUGGCCCGGAGAGAAGUGCCUCGAUCUCCUCAAGCUCGAAGAGGCAGUGAAGCAUGUGGUGAGGAAGGAGCCCUUGCUGCGAGCUAUGUACCGAAGAGAAGAUAAACGGGAAGUGUGGGUGCAGGAGAUUCGAAAGGACCUCGACUGGCAUCUGAAGCUGGAAGACGAUCCCGACGUGGCGCGGAUGAUCUGGAGUCGCCCUUUGCCUUCGGACCACUUUUGGGCCCUGGGGGCCUCCAAGCCGGAGGGCAAAGUUCGGCUGCAUCUGGCCGUGGACAUGACCUUCCUGGAUGCAACGAGCUGGUGGAUGGUGUUCCGCAAGGUUGCAGCGGCUUAUGAUGCGGGGCUGUCGGUGGCGAUUCAACAACUUGAGCCUUCCGACAAUGAUUUCUUUGAGUACUGCAACCGCCGGAAUCUUCAUGAUUUGAAAGGUGAGGAUGAGUGGAAGGUCCGCUUGGCCAGCUUUCCCCUUGGACCCGAGCUUUCUUGGUGCAAGCGACUGGGCCAGGGCCAAGUGGAGGCUUUUGGGCGCCUCUCUUCAUGCCUGCCGUGUAGUACAUGGCUUGCCAUGAAGAAGUUGGGUCAAAACUACGGCGUGACCUCCACGAACCUUGUGCUGACCUACUUCCAGGAUGCAUUGGCCUUCAACUCCCGUUGCAGUUCCUUCACGCUGACAGCCACCGUUAGCCGUCGACCACCUGAGUGCCGAGGUCUCGGGGAGUUCACGAAUGUUGCGCUCCUGCCCUGUGACGAGGAGGUCCUGAGGAAGGAUCGGAAGUCCCGAGCGCAAGAAGUAAAGCAACAUCUUCUUCAGCAACUCCAGCUGGACCAGGUCUCAGGUAUGCAUGUGAUGAGGCUCUGGCGCCAGUUGCGUCAUGAGGAGCUGCUCCUGCCUGUGGUGGUCACAUCCUUGUUGGAUGUGGUGGAGCCAGUCAGAGUGGGCGGACAAGUGCCGAGCAUCAACUACCAGUGCACCCAAACACCAACGGUCCGGCUCGAUAUCCAGGUUUACGAGUCAUGCCAGGGUUUGCAGAUCAACUUUGACUUCGACAAGAGAUGGCUGAGCGAAGAUGUCGUGAAGCAGUUGCAGAGGUCCUUCGAGGAGGUGGUUGCGUGA